GUCUGCUGUGGCCGGUCUGGGAGGGUUGAGCCCCGGUCCAGCCCCGAGUGGAGAGCGAGCCUCUCACCAUGGCAGCCUGUUGCAGCUGGAACGAUGUUUUCCAGUAUGAGACAAACAAAGUCAUCCGGAUCCAGAGCACGAAUUAUGGCGCCAUUAAAUGGUCCUUCCACGUGUUCUUCUUUUUCUACAUUAGCUUUGCUUUGUUGAGUGACAAGCGGUACCAAUGGAAAGAACCUGUUAUCAGUUCUGUGCAUGCCAAGGUGAAAGGGAUGGCAGAGGUGAAAAAGGAGAUUACGGAGAACGGACUGAAGAAGGUAGUAUGGAAUGUCUUCGACACGGCAGAUUACACUGUCCCCUUGCAGGGGAACUCCUUUUUUGUGAUGACAAACUUUCUCAAGAUGGAAGGCCAAGAGCAAGGGUUGUGUCCCGAGUAUCCCACCCGCUGGACGCUCUGUUCCUCUGACCAGGGUUGUAAAAAGGGACGGAUGGGCCCAAAGAGCAAAGGAAUCCAGACCGGCAGGUGUAUAGAGUAUAAAGGGAAGCAGAAGACCUGUGAAGUCUCCGCCUGGUGUCCCAUCGAGGAAGUGGAAAAGGCCCCAGAGCCUGCGCUCUUGGGCAGUGCUGAAAACUUCACUGUGCUCAUCAAGAAUAAUAUCGACUUCCCCAGCCACAACUACACCACGAGAAACAUCUUGCCGGAUUUAAACGUCACUUGCACCUUUCACAAGACUCAGAAUCCACAGUGUCCCAUUUUCCGACUAGGAGAUAUCUUCCAAGAAACAGGAGAUAAUUUUUCAGAAGUGGCAGUUCAGGGAGGAAUCAUGGGCAUUGAGAUCUACUGGGACUGCAACCUGGACAGUUGGUUCCAUCACUGCCGCCCAAAAUACAGUUUCCGUCGCCUUGACGACAAGACUGCCAAGGAGUCCUUGUACCCUGGCUACAACUUCAGAUAUGCCAGGUACUAUAAGGAAAAUAAUAUCGAAAAGCGGACCCUGAUAAAAGCCUUUGGGAUCCGUUUUGACAUCCUGGUUUUUGGCACCGGAGGAAAAUUUGACAUUAUCCAGCUGAUCGUGUACAUCGGUUCAAACCUCUCUUACUUUGGUUUGGCCACUGUGUUCAUUGACUUUCUCAUCAACACUUACUCAUACAAAUGCUGUCGAUCCCGCAUUUAUCCCGGUUGCAAGUGCUGUGCGCCCUGUGCCGUCAAUGAGUACUACUACAGGAAGAAGUGUGAAUCCGUUGCGGAGCCAAGGCAGACAUUAAAAUAUGUGUCCUUUGUGGAUGAACCCCACAUUAGGAUGGUAAACCAAAGGCUACUUGGGAAAAGUCUGCAAGAUGUUGAAGGUGAAGAAGUGCCAAGACCCCCGAUGGACUUCGCAGACUUGUCCAGGCUGCCUCUGUCUCUUCACGAGCCACCCCCCAUUCCUGGACAACUAGAGGCUCUCCAGCUGCUCAGUCAAGGGGCAACCCCUACAUCCAGUGACUGCCCGGACUGGUGCCAGUGCGGGAAGUGCCUCCCAUCCCAACUCCCUGAGAGACAAAGACACAUGGAGGAGCUGUGCUGCCGGAAAAAGAUGGGUGCCUGUAUCACCACCUCAGAGCCGUUCAAGAAGCUUAUCCUGUCCAGACAUGUCCUACAGUUCCUCCUGCACUACCAGGAGCCCCUGCUGGUGCUGGAUGCAGAUUCUACCAACAGCCAGCUGCGGCACUGCGCCUACAGGUGCUACACUGCAUGGCGCUUUGGCUCCCAGGGCCUGGCUGACUCGGCCAUCCUGCCCAGCUGCUGCCGCUGGAGGAUCCGGAGAGAGUUUCCCAAGCGGGAAGGCCAGUACAGUGGCUUCAAGAGUCCUUGCUGAUGUGCUGAGCAGUCAUAUAACUGUGCCUUUGCUUGCACCUUGAGCUUCACCUGCAAAGUUGUGUGUCUAGAUUUUCAGCCAAAGGGAAAUGUGCUUUCCUCCUCCCCCAGCUCAGUGUGUGUCAGAGAGCAAAGUGACCAGGGCAGACAAACAACAAGUAAACUAGAAUCCCUCAGCAUGGACUGAGAGUCAAGAGAUUAGGAUUUAUACCUCCAUUCUAUCCCUAGGAAGUUGUGUGAUCCUAGGCCUUUAACCUCUGUACCUCAGUUGCCUUAUUAUCCAACCUACUGUUUCACAGGGAUAUUAGGAGAGCAAAUUGAGACAGUGUACACAAACUCUUAUUAACGCAUAAAGAGCUACAUGAAUAUGAAGCAGCUCAUUUUGAGGUAAGACUAGGAUAAUGUCCAACUAUCAACAAACCCUUGGGUCCUGGUUAAAGAAUGGGGAGGAUUAAAAGUUUUGGCACAAAUUUUUUGGCAUUUGUCCUAUAGGACCUGAGGGGUUAUAUCUCCUCCCCUUGUGUCUUGGCAGCUCUGAUCACUUUAUCCAAUGAUAAAGUGAUGCUGUGUCAGGUUCAGGGUCUUGGUCUUAAGAUGCUGU